AGAACUGACGGCGGAAGAAGACUCUGUUAUUCUACUGCAUCUCCUCUUUCCGAAUAAAAGAUGGCUGCCGCCAUCCCUACUUCUUCCGUAGCUCUCCAUGGCAACGCUCGCCACCGUUGCAGCACUUUGACCCCAAUUUCCGGCUGCCGGCUAUACAGAAUCAAAUGCAGCGGAGAGAACUCCACUAGCAACUCCCCUACCAAACAAGAAUCUGCACCAGAGAAUGCUCUCCUCAAGAUAGCUUGGUACGGCUCCGAGCUUUUAGGAAUCGCCGCUUCCUUUCUCCGUCCACCGUCUCCGGUUGAAGCUCCCGAUAACUAUCUCAACCUCGCCACUGAUGGAUCGGGUGCUGUGAAUCGCGUAGCUGUUGUUGAAACCAUCAAACAAGACUUCGAUAGAUCAUAUUUCGUCACUGGGCAACUUACCCUUGAUGCUUAUGAAGAAAAUUGCGAAUUUGCGGAUCCAGCAGGUUCCUUCAAAGGCCUUCGACGUUUCAAAAGGAAUUGCACAAAUUUUGGAUCUCUUAUUGAUAAAUCAAAUAUGAAACUAACGAAGUGGGAGGACUUUGAGGAUAAGGGAGUGGGACAUUGGCGUUUUAGUUGCAUAAUGUCAUUCCCAUGGAGGCCCAUUCUUUCUGCUACUGGAUACACUGAGUAUUAUUUUGAUGCACAAUCUGGUAAAGUCUGCAGGCAUGUGGAGCAUUGGAAUGUCCCCAAAAUGGCAUUGCUGAAGCAAAUUUUGAGACCAACCCGAGGUUUCUGGCUAUGGAAAAAGGAUGGCUGAACUAGAACAUGCCCUUGUACUUGUAGGGUUAUUAUGUAGAGAGAAGUUUUUUUUUUUUUUUUUUUUUUUUUUUUGGAAAUUGGGUAAUUGGGAGAAAUGGGGAGUGUUGAUCCCUGGUGUGAUUAGCAGAAAGAUUAGGUGAGGCUUUGUAGAGAUUGGAACUUCCACUAAGAUUGCUACAUGGUGCAGUGCUGAUAAAGUUAAUUUAGUGCU